UAUUGAUAUUUAGCAUUCGUAAUCUCCGUCAAUUUUCGCCCCGUUACUGUUUGUGGUCUCGGCGCCCAAGCAAUAAUUAACCACCGGACGCCGGUUGCUAGCUCCUACAGAUCAAUCAAUCCAGCCAAUCAACCAAUCCAGUGAAGUGAUAUCCUCAGAAAUUUAUUCGCUCAAAAAGGAUGGCCGAUAAUGCGGAGUUUAUAAUGGAUGACGACGGAUGUGUGAUCGAGGGAAGAAAACUGUUUGUCGGCGGUCUCAGUGCUGCGAUAACUGAACACGUUUUGAGAGAGUAUUUCGGUCCGUAUGGAGAGAUAGAAAAAGUGGACAUCAAGGUAGAUCGCGAGACCGGUCGGCUCCGGGGUUUCGCGUUCAUUGUGUUCAAGAGUGCCGAAUCUAUUGACAACGUUGUCUCGGCUGGCAGUCAUACCAUCAACGGCGUUAGGGUCAGUGCGGUCAAAGCCAAAGCCCGUCCAUCAUAUUUGCCCGUCGUUCCGGAAAUUGUGUGGAUUUCCAACGACGAUAGGAAGCUGUUUCUUGGAGGAGUUGCUGGCAUAGGGGAGGGCGAUCUGAGGCGACAUUUCGUUCGAUAUGGGGAUAUCGAAUCUGUGGACAUUAAGCGGGAACACACCGACGGUCGGCCGCGUGGUUUUGCGUUUGUCAUUUUCGUACAAAGUUCUUCUGUUGAAAACGCGCUCGCUGCUGGACGUCAUAUGAUCAAUGGUGUAGAGAUCAAGGUAACCAGAGCCAUAACUCGGCAAGGCAGAAUAUUCGUUGGAGGACUGCCCGCGGAGGUGAGCGUAGAAGAGAUAACGAGCCACUUCAAUCAAUUCGGCCGAAUAGCAGAGGUUGGGUUGCCGAUCGACAAGCAGACAAACCAACGCAAGAACUUCGGGUUCGUCACGUUCGAGUCGGAACAGGGCGCUAGGGAGGCAAUGAGGAUUCCAAACCAAACCAUUAGCGGUAAUGAUGUGGGCGUGAGAAGGGCUAUGAAGAAACCGGAACCUGGAUUUGGUGGCUAUCGAGAAGCAGAUUUUGGUUGGCAGAUGAACUAUGACCAACAUUACUUUCCUGAUUACAACCAGAGAGGAUUUCCCAGAGGAGGGUACAGAGGGAGGUUCCCUAAUUACAAUCGUGGGUUUCGAGGUGGUAUGCAACGGGGUGUUAUGUAUCGUGGUGGCAUGCAGCAAAGCAGUAUGCAACGAGGUGGUAUGCAAUGGGGUGGUAUGCCACGAGGUACUAUGCAGCGAGGAGGUAUGCAGAGAGGUGGUUUUCAGCGAGGUAGUCGAGGAUUCAAUUAUUAUCGACGACAAUAUUAGAUUAAACGUGACUGCAAUUGUACUUAGUAGUUCUAAGGAUAAAAUGCCAUUCGAUCAUUAUCUAGUUGUUAAUUAUCGAAAUUGGAGACAAUUUGCUCUAUUGUGACAAACAGUUUUAGUUCUUAUCAAGUAUAUAAGUGUUAGUAACAAUCAAUAAACAUAAAUAUUGGAAUCCAAUUAGGACAA